GAUGGGCAGAGCUCUGGCCAGCCAGGGCGCACGCUGGUCAGCCCAUAGGGGUGAGAUCCCUGCAGCCCUCCUCCGCGCCCACUCCUCGGUGCGCCGGCUGCCGAGGCUGCGCCCCCGCGGGCCGCAGCGCCCAGUGGAGGCAGCAGCGGGCAGGGCAGCGGGGACCGCCGGGCUGGGGGCUGUUGAGCCCGCCGACUCCGCCUCAGUCGGGGAGAAGGACGAUGCGCCGUGCUCCUAGGUGAGCAGGGCUGGGGUCCUGCACCCGCAGCGCCGGCCCGCGCCUAGCUCCCGCCGGCCCCCAGCGCGGGGGCUGGAGCCGGCACCGGCACCCGAGGGGGCGGCGGGGAGGGCGCAGGCAGCGGCUGGGAGCGCAGCGGCAGCGCUAGCGGCGGCAGAAGCUCGGCUCGGCGGCUGGAGGUGGCCGCUGCGACCUCGCCUCUAGCAGCGGGACCCUGUGGGCACUGACAUCCAGCUCACCCAUGCCUAUUUCCUGUAAUGGACAAACUGGACGCUAAUGUGAGUUCCAAGGAGGGUUUCGGGUCAGUGGAGAAGGUUGUGCUGCUCACGUUUCUCUCAGCGGUUAUCCUGAUGGCCAUCCUGGGGAACCUGUUGGUGAUGGUGGCUGUGUGCCGGGACAGGCAGCUCAGGAAAAUAAAAACCAAUUAUUUCAUUGUAUCUCUUGCUUUUGCGGAUCUGCUGGUUUCCGUGUUGGUGAUGCCCUUUGGUGCCAUUGAGCUGGUUCAAGACAUCUGGAUUUAUGGGGAGAUGUUUUGCCUUAUCCGGACAUCUCUAGAUGUCUUGCUUACAACAGCAUCAAUUUUUCACCUGUGCUGUAUUUCCCUGGACAGGUAUUAUGCCAUCUGCUGCCAGCCUUUGGUCUAUAGGAACAAGAUGACCCCUCUGCGCAUCACAUUAAUGCUGGGAGGCUGCUGGGUCAUCCCCAUGUUUAUUUCUUUCCUCCCUAUAAUGCAAGGCUGGAAUAAUAUUGGCAUAAUUGAUCUGAUAGAAAAAAGGAAGUUCAACCACAACUCUAACUCUACAUACUGUAUCUUCAUGGUCAACAAGCCCUAUGCCAUCACCUGCUCUGUGGUGGCCUUCUACAUCCCGUUUCUCCUCAUGGUGCUGGCCUAUUAUCGCAUCUAUGUCACAGCUAAGGAACAUGCCCACCAGAUCCAGAUGUUACAACGGGCAGGAGCUGCCUCGGAGGUCAGGCCCCAGCCAGCAGAUCAGCACAGCACUCAUCGCAUGAGGACAGAGACCAAAGCGGCCAAGACCCUGUGCAUCAUCAUGGGCUGCUUCUGCCUCUGCUGGGCUCCAUUCUUUGUCACCAACAUUGUGGAUCCUUUCGUAGACUACACUGUCCCUGGGCAGGUGUGGACCGCUUUCCUCUGGCUUGGCUAUAUCAAUUCUGGGUUGAACCCCUUUCUCUACGCCUUCUUGAAUAAGUCUUUUAGACGUGCCUUCCUCAUCAUCCUCUGCUGUGAUGAUGAGCGCUAUCGAAGACCUUCCAUUCUGGGCCAGACUGUCCCCUGUUCAACCACUACCAUUAAUGGAUCCACACAUGUACUAAGGGAUGCAGUGGAGUGUGGUGGCCAAUGGGAGAGUCAGUGCCACCCCCCAGCAACUGCUCAUUUGGUGGCUGCUCAGCCCAGUGACACUUAGGCCCCUGGGACACUGACCCAGAAGACAGCCUUGCCUCCUGAGAGGGCCAGGCCCGGAGCCGCUGCUCGCGCUUGACUGCACCGGUGUUCUCCUCCCAGAGGCGGUCCGUCGCCUGUGCAGGUGCCCCGGGCACCCUGGGCUUUUCCUACGAGGUUCCAGCAGGUGGCGCUCACUUUUCAUGUCCCAGCUCUCCCUCUUCCGGAGUCUCCGCUCUUGUCUCAGUCUCUAGUGUCCCUGACGUGUUCUUACCGUGCCUGAUCUGUCUCGCUCAUGUUCCAAACACGAUUGCUUGCUGUGUCCUAUUUCAGUCAUAGAUGUCUCUGGAUGCGCCUUCUUGGCUGUGUCUGCUCGCAGACAUUGUCAAAACACAUCCUCAUUGCUUGCUCCGGUCUUGGUCAGAGUUAUUGUCCAAGAGCUUACGUUACUUGUUUCGUCACGUCUGUCACAGCGCGUUCAAACUACCCUCGACUCUUCUUCAUCCUGUUCUGUGCCGGACACUGGCACGUUUUCCUCCCUGUGUCCGGGUCCAAACGUGCAUCCUCUUGGCUGGCCCCUGUCUGUCACGGCCUGCCACUUGUUCUUCCUUCUGUCCAGUGCCCGUCCUUCUCUUCAAGACACGCUCCAUUUAUUUUCCAUGGAUGACACG